CGUCACACAUUGUUUUUUUUUGCCAAAAGUUAAGUGAACAAGUUAUGAAUUUUCAGACAAGUUGCUGUCGCAUUUGCUUAAAAAGUGAGUUGUUAAUGUCUAUAUACCUUUAUAGCCCCACUUUUCCAUUGAGGCCUAUUGAAAUAGUAGAAAAAUUGAAUAUAUUCAAGUAUGAUGAAACAUUACCAACGCUUCUUUGUCAGUCAUGUUUGUACCGGCUAUUGGAUGCUUAUAACUUACAACAGCUUGCUGAAGCAUCUGAACGCCGAUUACGUGAUUAUAUAGGGAAUGGUACUGCUGGCGGUAGCCUGGGAAUAUGUGGAAUAAGCACAAAUACAAUAAAUCAGGAUUCCUCAUGCUUUUCUUCAAGUGCACCAAUUGGUGAUACCUGCAAGGAUGCUGGUGUUACCUCUGCUAUUUAUAGCAAUAUAUGCGACAUGUUCGAACGCAGUACUAUGCAAACGAAUAAUGAAGUUAUUAAUGAUAAAGUGUGCGCAGUGGCGGGCGAGGACAUGCUAAAUGAUAUCGAAAUUGACGUCAGCAGUUUGACACGAUCAGAAGCCAAUGAAGAUACAUUGAAUGAAGUUUUUGCAAUCAAACAUCCACACUUGAGCUUAAAUAGAGAAAUCAACUUGAAAACCGAUAUUACUGCGGACCUAGCUAUUUCGACUUCUACCAAGGUCAGUAUCGAUGUGCCGUUGAGCGAAAAGCGCUCGGAACCCAAUAAACAUUAUAAAAACUCCAAUCCCGUUGAAAUGACCAAAUUGUUGCAUUCAAAGGAAAAAACUUUCCAUUGCAAGCAAUGUCCACGGCAGUUUAAGCAAUCUAGCAAUUUACUUAUACACCAGCGUACACACACUGGCGAAAAGCGUUUCCAAUGUGAAAUUUGUGCUAACUUCUUUACCACAUCCAGCAAUUUGAAGGCACACAAGACAACGCAUUUGGAGCAACGUGAAUACCUUUGUGGCCAAUGCAAUCGAGACUUUAAAACACUGCGUGAAUUACGCCGCCACGAGCCUGUGCAUAAAACCGUAAAGGACAAUGUGUGUGGAAAGUGUCAAAAGGCAUUUACAAAACGUAGUUAUUUAAUGGAGCACAUUGCGGCAAUGCAUCGAGACAUGCGCCGGCACAAGUGUGCUGAUUGUGGCAAAUUAUUUGGCAGGCGAUCAAAUUUGGUUUCUCACAUACGUAUUCACUCAGGUGAAAAGCCUUUUCAAUGCAAAUUUUGUGAAUGGAAAUUUAAUCAAUCAUCCGCCUUGGCACGCCAUAUGAAAAAACACUCUUCUAAAAGCGAAAAUCUCAACUUUAAUUUUAAAACUACAGAGUUAAAGAAUUCGACAUUAUUGAACAUCUUGCGAACACCCGAAGCGAUCGCAACCGACGCUGUUGAUAUGGGUGAUAUAGGUAUAAAUGCGCAGAGCAACUUUACUGUACUAAAUAAUUUAUCCAGUUUGAGUGAUAUACAUUGCAUAAGCAACGAAGGCUUGAAUACCGAACUCGAAACCGUAACAAUUACCGCAGCUGUUGACAAAAAGGAGGCAUUACAAAAUAAUGGAGGAUAUGAUGACUUUACGAAGAACGAUAUUUUGGAUUUCUCAACAAAUCAUGUAGUUUGUUAGUUUCGUGCAUCUGCUAGCAUCUGCUUUGUUUAUUGUACUCAUUGUAGAGAGCCAAGAGUUUCGGACUUGUACGUGGUUGUACCGCAUUUAAAGCGAAUUCGAAAUGCGUCCAAUUUACACUUUCAGCGUCGAAACUAUCCUCUAAACAUUUUAAAGCUGCUUCUUGACAUACAGCUUGUAUCUCGGCACCGGAAUAACCUUCAGUGCGUUGCACAAGCAUAUUUAUGUCUACAUCAUCCGCUAACGGCAUAGGUAAUAAUUUAAUGCGGAAGAUUUCUUGUCGUGCUUCCGCAUUUGGUAGACCUACGUAGACAAUGCGAUCGAAACGACCUGGGCGCAAAAGUGCUUUGUCAAUCAUAUCAGGUCGAUUGGUUGCUGCUACAAUGGUGACAUUCCCCAAAGCCUCCACACCAUCUAUUUCCGUGAGUAACUGUGUAAGUACGCGUUCUUUAACGGAUGUACCCGAACUGGAGCCGCCAUCUGACCGCUCUCCACUAAUAGCAUCUAUUUCAUCAAAGAAUACAAUAGAUGGCGAUAAAUGGCGUGCCUUUCGAAAAAUUUCACGUACCGCCCGCUCGGAUUCGCCUACCCACAUUGAGAAAAGUUCAGGUCCUUUUAUGGAAAGAAAAUUCAAUUGACUUUCGGUAGCAAGUGCUUUAGCGAUCAUCGUUUUGGAACAACCCGGUGGGCCGAACAUCAAAAUGCCACGUGGCGGUUUCAAGCCCAAACGUUUAAACUUCUCGGGAUGUAGCAACGGCCAUUCUAUUGCUUGCUUCAACUUCAAUUUCAAAUCUGCCUGACCUCCUAUAUCACUCCAAUGCACAUUCGGGUUUUCUAUAAGGACUUCACGCAUCGCUGAUGGUUUGAUAUGUGUCAAUGACGCAUGCACGUCAUUUAUGUUCAAUGCACGAUUACCAUCUUUCAUUGCACGCAAAGCUGCCGCAUAUAUAAGAUUGGCUAUAUCAGCGCCGACGAAACCAUGUAAUACUUGAGCCACAGCGUUAACGUCAUCUAGGGAAAGUGUAUGUACAAUUUUGCGUAGCAGACAGUGAAUAAUCGCAGAGCGCUCUUUAGGUGUUGGAACACCAAUUUCAAUUUCACUAUCCAAGCGACCACAGCGACGUGCAUUCGGAUUGAGUGUGUGGAUUUGAGAUGUGGUAGCUAGUAAAAAGAUGCGUUGUGCCUCGUCCCUCCCACUGUUCAGCAUAUCUAGUAUAUUUAAAAAUGCGGCUCCGAUGCGUUUAGUCAUUUCAUUGGUUUCAUAUUUUGGGCACAAAUUAUGUACGUCUUCGAUGAUUAUAAGUGUUGGUUGCGGAUAGUUUUCGAAGGCCUUAUCGAAAUUAGCCUUUAAAUUUUUUUCGGUUUCACCAAGAAAUUUACUGAAUAGUUCACUGCUAUUAAUUCGCAUAAUAUUCCCCCUAUCUGAUUUAGCAGUCUUCUCCUGUAUAAUUGAACACAUUGCUUCGCAGAUUAAGCUUUUGCCACAUCCUGUGGGCCCAUGCAAGAGUAAUGUCCGCGAAACUUUCACACCUGAAAUAAACACAAUAAAUAUCAUAUCAAAAAUUCUUAAAUACAAUAUAUAAUACAUUCAAAA